CUCCGCACGAGUUUGUAAUCUGUUCUGUAGGUAACUCCGAAUGGGGCACCGCAUCGCGAGUUGUCGUGUUAUUUGUGUCUAUAUAAGUUUUUGAUAGUUGGAUUAAUUGACAAUUUCAUUGAGAUUUUCACGAAAAUAGUUCAAUUAUUUUAAGGUUAUCAUAAUGGCCAAUUUAUCCAGUUUUGUCAAGUCCACCUUGAAAGCUUGGGUGCCACAGAUCACUACAGUUCGUUUCAGAUAUUUUGCGGAUAAAAAGAGAUGUGUCAGAGCUUAUGGUUAUAAGGAGCACAUAGAUCAAAGAGGACUCUUGGCUCACACCGAUGAUGCCAAACCAAUUAUCCAGAUGCCAAUUUAUCGUCCGGUUGAUUCUUGGUCAAAGAAAAAAGCAAUGUUUGGUCAGAAUGAUUACAUUGACAUUUGGACCAAUGGUCGAAUCAAAUUGACAACUGUUAUGUACAAAACUCCUAUGUGGUUGAAAGGUAUCAAGCGCGAUGAUCAAGAAUAUAGAAUGUUGCUACGAAGAAGGCAAAUGCUUCAAUCCGGUAUUUAUCCAAUUGCAAGGCCUACCAAGUGGAAAGAUAUGAAUAAACGAAUAAUGUACUUGUACAAGUUCCUUAAUCGAAAAACAAAAACAGGCAUUUCUUACAAAUGAUUCUGUAGAUAUAUAUUGUUAAUUGUUUUACUUGUAUAUAUUUAAAUACAACAACUG